UAGCGGUAAUUGUAAGCGCUUACGUGAUACAGAACUGAAAACUUCCGGAUUUUUCGUCCACAUCAUGAAAGACAUUUCUAUACGAUAAAAUCGAGUUUCUUAAGUAAAUUAGCAUUGAUUUUGAAACAGAUUUUUAUAAACUACAAUGUUUUCUGAUCUUAUUAUAUUUGGAACUUUAUUAGUGAAUGCUGGAGCCAUUCUUAAUUUCAAAUUAAAACGAGGCAGAGAGGAUGAGGCCUUUGAUGUGAAAGCAGAGCCCAGUGUUGGAGACAAAGUGCGUGAGUUUCUGCUGAGCCUGCGCUACUUCAGGAUCUUCAUCGCCCUCUGGAAUAUCUUCGUGAUGUUUUGUAUGCUUGUGUUUUUCAGUCAUUAGCAGUACCCAGAAUUUAGAAAUGUGACUUCAGAUGUCUUUAAAAAAUAUUGGAGAAAAAAUAUAUCAUAUAAACAAAAUGGAAACAAAGAUUUACCUAGAUUACAAUGCCACGACUCCUCUUGACAAAAAUGUA